AUGUGAUGAUUACAGGAAGGCCUGGCUGCUGUCCUAAGGCUGCUGGAACAGAAAAGGAGAAAGAUUCUAUCAAGCAAUGGAGAGCAGAAGGCCACAUCGCCGUCUGGCUGCACGUCCCUAUUCUACAAAGCAGAUUUAUCGCUGCUGCUGCGGAGGAAGGCUUUGCCUUCCACCAUGCUGAAUCGGACUCCGCUACACUGACACUGUGGCUAGCAGAAGGACGCAGCAGGCUACCCGGUUAUGCCACUCAUCAGGUAGGAGUUGCAGGUGCUGUAUUAGAUGUCCAAACUGGGAAAGUAUUGGUUGUACAAGACAGAAAUAAAACAACAAAUGCAUGGAAAUUUCCAGGAGGAUUGUCUGAACCAGGUGAAGAUAUUGGGAACACAGCAGUUCGUGAAAUUUUUGAAGAGACAGGCAUAAAAUCAGAAUUCAAGUCCCUUCUAAGUAUACGGCAGCAACACAGACAUCCUGGAGCCUUUGGGAAGUCAGAUAUGUACAUUAUUUGUCGUUUGGAGCCUUCUUCUUUCAACAUCCGUUUCUGCCAGCAGGAGUGCCUGAGGUGUGAAUGGAUGGACCUAGCAGAGCUUGCCAAGUCAAAAGAAGCUACCCCAAUCACCAGCAAUAUAGCUAGACUACUGCUGUAUGGAUAUAGAGAAGGGUUUGAUAAAAUUGAUAUAACUAUGAGAGAAUUCCCUGCUGUGUACACAGGCCUUUUCUAUAAACUGUACCACAGAGAGCUGCCAGAGAAUGAUAGAAACAUGACAAAUUUGUAAUAUAUUUUGAUUUUUUCUUAGUAAUUUAAGAUUACUGGUAGUAAAAUAUGUGUGUGCUUUUCCAGAUUAGUACUCAUGUUUAUUAUACCUUCUAUACCAAUACAUAUUACUUCUCUUAAAAUGGUAAAUAUUUCUCUAACUGUGCACAUUUUAAAUUCUCUUUACAUUUGAUGGUCAAAUCGAAUUUUGUAACCCUAUCCCCAAACCAUCAAAUAGAAAAUGAGGAUAAUACUUCACUGGAAAUAAAUGUCUACUGGUGCUCCAUCCUGCCCCAUUCACAUACACACAUAUUUAUACAUAUGCGUAGAGGCACAAAAAAAUGAAGACUAAAAUAUACACAGCUCUACAUACAUAUUAAUAAUCUGAGAUUAGUCAGCAAAUGCAAUUGAUCCUGGCAAAUACUCGGUCACAUCUUUUUGUCUUGUGAGGAGGGGAAGAUCUACCACUCUCGCAGCAUAUUUUGUAGGCUCAGCCACUGAAAUCAACUCUUGGUAGACAUUGGAAGGAAAAGGAUAGCUUUCUGACCUCGUCCAGUUUUUGGCCCGGGCUUGAACUGACCAGUUCGUUUCAGUGCAACGUACCAAUCGCUAUAUUUACGAGACCGAUAUGUAUUGUAGUUAUUAGAUUCCAAAUGUUCAAAAAAGAAGCAUUCGUCUGUUACGUAUUUCUGAAAAUGAAGGGAAAGUAAAUUAUUGAGUCAGAUGCAGUCAUGAAACAGAACUUCCCCAGUCUAAUCAGAUGUAUUAAAAUGUGGCUGAUGGUUAUAACCAUUUAGCAAAAUGAUGAAGUUUCCAUCAAAUCCAUGUAACUAUUUUAUCUUAAAAGCUCCACUCUUCCAAAAAUAUCUCAAAUAGUACUGGGAUUUAACAAAACAUCUUUCUGUAAAGUAGGUAUCUCAUUUCUGCCUCACUGAUUAGCACCUCUCUUACCGCCUUACAUAAUAGGAAUGGUAAUUACAAGGUUUAACACACGUUAAGAGCUCUUCCUAAAUACGGACAGGUGAAUAGCCCAAAUUGAAAUAAAGUGAGUUUGCAAUCCUAUACACACUUCAGAAUAAGUCCCAUUAAACACAGUAAGACUUACUGCUGAGUAGAUAUGCAUAGGAUUGUGUUGUUAGUCCUACUAAAGUCAACUAACUUCAGUGUGGCAACUAACCUGCCCUGUUUAUUUCAAUUGGACUUAAACAUAAUUAACUGUCUUUGGAUUUGGGCCAAUGAAUUUGCCACAUAUUUUAAUUUAUUUACUAGCAUUACUAGCCCACCCCACUAGUAAUGUAAAGAAUAAUGAUAUAUGGAAUAUCCAUCAAAAUAAAACCCGGCUCCCUCACCAGCUUAGUCCUGGCAAUCAAAAAGUACCCUAGAGAUUAAAAUACUACAGUGAAAGUCCUAUAAUGCUUGAAGACCAAAAGGUGUAAUUCAUGACUGCCUUACAGGUAAAGCUGUGUUUCCCUGUAUCAUCAAAACCUGAGCAUUAUAGGAUUUCUGUACCAUCUGGUUCCAUCUUGAAGUUCUAAUAAAAUUAUGAG